AUGCCCUUUACGUAUGGCGACGGACAGGAGACUGCACGAAGGAGACUGCAGGCCGGGAUAGAGGCAAGCGGCAGCGCACCAUCAGUCAUUCCAUUCUCACAAAACGAGUCUUUCGUGGUUUGUGAAUCACAGCUCGCCGAACUCGAAGCAAAGCUUUUUAGCUACGACCAGACCACUACUACGCUAUCAAUAGUCGUGCAAGCGGCAGCGUGCAUGAACGCUAGUAGUAUGACGUUGCAGCAGCACCAAGCACAGCUACCUGAGCACAAAAAAGCAGCUCUCGAGUACAGCGAUGACUCGUCUGAAGGCAAGCUGCGGGGAUCUGGUCUGGAAAUCACUGUGACUGCUACACUAUUUCUCUCUAUCAGCCAAGUCCGCCAUGUUAAUGCGAUCGCUGCAGACUAUUUCUUGCUUGCUGCAUGCGUAGAUCUAAAUGACAUCCCGCUCGAUCUUCUAAAGGCAGCUUCGCCACGGGCCAGUGAAGAUGCCAUCAAAGUACUUGACAGGUAUGUGUUCGCCACGGGGCGACCUGCUGAGUCAGCACUCAAUGUUCAUCGACUCGUCCAUCAUGCGCUGCGAAAGAGGCUGCAGGUGCAGGGACGGCUCUAA